CCUAUGUACGGUCGUUUGUACUCCUCUACAAUAAAAACGAACAAAUUAGCAAAACAAUAAUUGUACUUAAUUAAUUAACUUACAAAGCAAAAAAAAAAAAACAAGGUGACACCAUUAAUCUACCGCUACAAUUAAAUAUGGCCAAAGUUCGCAUACCCGAACAAAAAGUUAUUCUUUGUGGUGAAUAUGGUGUCGGCAAAAGUUCCUUGUUUCGUCGAUUUACCAACAAUAGUUUUGUCACCGAAACAGAUCGUAAAUCUACUCUCGGCCUGGAUCACAUGGACAAAGAAUAUACUGUCGAUGACAAAACCAUUAGACUUCAACUCUGGGAUACCGGAGGAAUGGAACGUGUCGCCUCUGUCACAUCCAGUUACUAUAAAUUUGCUGAAGGUGCUAUCCUAGUAUUUGCUUUAGAUAAUGCAUCCUCAUUCCAUUCAUUGUCGCAACACCUGUUAGACAUUGUCACAUAUGCCGAGAAUGCCAAAAUUUUCAUUUGCGGCAAUAAGUCCGACCUGGAGGGUCGAGAGCCGCAAGUGAGUGAUGCCGAAAUGGAGGCAUUCUGUGAACAAUGUCACAGUCUUAUUAGUGCCACAUACAAGACGUCCUGCAAGACGGGCGAAGGUGUUGAGGAAAUGUUUCGUGACAUAUCGAAUAUCCUUGUUGAUGCGAAUCGCUCAAAAAUGGAACUUCAAGCUCUGGAACAGCAUGGAUUCAAAAUUGACCAUCCCGAUGAGCCACCGGAAGAUGAUGGCAAUUGCAUUUGCUAGUUUAUUAUGUCCAUGUCACACUUAAUUUUUCAACCCUAAUCGACUUUUUUGAAUUUUUCUUUAUUUCUUUUUUUCAUCGAUUUGAGGACGGUUUAUUUAUUUAUAAUAUUUUUUUUAUAUCUAUCCGUCCCUAUAUUGAGCGGGAUUCCUUUGUUUUUGUUUCUCACCAUGACUUACACUUAAACAUAAAAUAAAAAGCAGAAAAAUAAAUUAUUAAUUUUUUUGUA